GUGUUUGGUUGCUGUUCUGGCGCGUGGUCGAGAAUUGUUAUAUUUAAUUAAUUACCAUGUCCGAUAAUCAGGAGCAAAAACCCGAAGCCGGCCCAGGCGACGCGAAUUCCGAGUACAUCAAGCUUAAAGUCGUUGGAAAUGACAGCAAUGAAAUACACUUUAGGGUAAAGAUGACCACUCAAAUGGGUAAACUCAAGAAAUCGUAUAGCGAUCGUGUGGGUGUUCCUAUGACGUCACUGAGGUUUCUUUUUGAUGGUAAAAGAAUUAAUGAUGAUGAAACACCAAAGCAGCUGGAAAUGGAAAAUGAUGAUGUUAUUGAAGUAUACCAAGAACAAACAGGUGGUCACUACUGA